AAGACUCAACAAAUUAAAGUUUGAGGGAUCUUUCGAGUUAAAAAAUUAAGUUAGGGACCAAACUUGCACAUCACCACAAAUCAUAGGGACCAUUCGUGUAGUUUGUCCUUUUCCAAUGUGAUCGAUCACAUAUUCUUCAACUAUCGGCGUAUCCUGUACAGAUUGAGAUGAUUACAAUUGCGUAGAAUAAUCUGGGCUCCGAUUUGAUUUCAAUACGUUGAAGAAACAUGUAUCAAUGGAGGAAAUUCGAGUUCUUUGAGGAGAAAUACGCCGGAAAAUGUUUGGUCCCGGAUGAAGUCGCUGGAAAAAUCGAGUGUUGCUCCAGCGGAAGGGGGAAAAUCGCGGUGGGAUGUGAAGAUGGGACUGUUAGUUUACUAGAUCGAGGUUUUAAGUUCAGCUAUGGAUUCCAAGCUCACACUUCCUCUGUUUUAUUCAUUCAACAACUCAAGCAACGCAACUUCCUACUAACUGUUGGAGAAGAUGAACAAAUAUCUCCACAAUUAUCAUCUGUAUGCCUCAAGGUUUUUGACCUAGAUAAAACUCAACCAGAGGGUACAAGCACACCAAUUCCUGAUUGCAUCCAAAUACUACGAAUAUUCACAAAUCAAUUCCCAGAAGCAAAGAUAACAUCAUUUCUAGUUCUAGAAGAAGCUCCACCAAUAUUGCUGAUAGCUAUUGGACUAGACAAUGGUUGCAUUUAUUGCAUCCAAGGUGACAUUGCACGUGAACGUAUCAAACGAUUCAUGCUUCAAGUGGAGAAAAGUCAAGAUAAAUCCCAAUGUGGUAUUACUGGAAUGGGUUUUCGUGUUGAUGGGAAAGCUUUUCAUUUGUUUGCAGUUACUCCAACUUCUGUAAGCUUGUUUAACUUGCAGACUCAGCCAGCUGCUCGACAAACCCUUGAUCACAUUGGAAGUAAUGUCAAUAGUGUCGCCAUGAAUGAUCGCCUGGAGCUUAUCAUUGGUCGACCUGAGGCAGUAUAUUUCUAUGAGGUUGAUGGUAGAGGUCCAUGUUGGGCUUUUGAAGGAGAAAAGAAGUUCCUCGGGUGGUUUCGUGGAUACCUUUUAUGUGUAAUUUCAGACCAAAGAAGUGGAUCAAACACCUUCAACAUCUAUGACCUUAAAAACCGAUUAAUUGCACACAGUAUAGUAACCAAAGAAGUCUCUCAUAUGCUUUGUGAAUGGGGAAGCAUCCUCCUUAUCAUGAACGAUAAAUCGGCUUUAUGUAUUGGAGAAAAAGACAUGGAAAGCAAACUCGACAUGCUUUUCAAAAAAAACCUUUACACAGUCGCCAUUAAUCUUGUUCAAAGUCAACAAGCUGAUGCAGCUGCAACUGCUGAAGUUUUAAGAAAAUAUGGUGAUCAUUUAUACAUGAAGCAAGAUUUUGAUGAAGCCAUGAGUCAAUACAUUCAUACAAUUGGUCAUCUAGAACCUUCUUAUGUCAUCCAGAAGUUCCUAGAUGCACAAAGAAUCUACAACCUUACAAAUUACCUCGAGAAGCUACACGAAAAGGGUCUUGCGUCGAAAGACCAUACUACCCUUCUCUUAAACUGUUACACCAAAUUGAAAGAUGUUGACAAGUUGAAUGUUUUCAUCAGAAGUGAAGAUGGUGAGAUUAAAUUUGAUGUGGAAACCGCGAUUAGGGUUUGUAGAGCUGCGAAUUAUCAUGAACAUGCAAUGUUUGUUGCUAAAAGAAGUGGAAGACAUGAAUGGUAUUUAAAGAUUUUGCUUGAGGAUUUGGGAAGAUAUGAUGAGGCUUUGCAGUAUAUUUCUAGCCUUGACCAAAGUCAAAGUGGGGUCACUGUUAAAGAAUAUGGGAAAAUACUUAUCGAGCAUAAACCAAUGGAAACAAUCGAAAUCCUCAUGGGACUUUGCACUGAAGGGGCAUCAAAUGAGACAUCAUAUUCCUAUAUGUUACCUUCACCCGUUGACUUUCUCAACAUUUUUGUUCAUUAUCCAAGAUCGUUAAUGAAUUUUCUUGAAAAGUAUAUAACAAAAGUCAAAGAUUCACCCGCACAAGUCGAAAUCCACAACACUUUAUUGGAAUUAUACUUGUCAAGUGACUUAAACUUCCCAUCAAUGUCACUAGAAAAUGACACAACAACUACUUCAAAUGGAAAUGGGAAAUUACUCGAAUCACCUAAAGAAGAUACGAAAAACAUGGAAAAUGAUCAUGAAGAAAGGCUUCAAAAAGGGCUUUUGUUGUUGAAAACCGCAUGGCCUUUGGAUCAAGAACAACCGUUGUACGAUGUUGAUUUGGCUAUAAUCCUAUGUGAAAUGAAUUCUUUUAAAGAAGGGCUUUUGUAUCUUUAUGAAAAGUUGAAACUUUAUAAAGAGGGGAAGAAUGUUCAAAAGAAAAAAUUGGAACAUGAGUCAAAGCUUAUUGAAGAGGAUCGUCGCAUGAUUGAUAAAUACCAGGAAGAAACACUGACAAUGAGAAAAGAAAUCCAGGAUUUAAGAACAAAUGCAAGAAUCUUUCAACUAAGCAAAUGUAGUGCAUGUACUUUCACACUCGAUCUGCCAGCUGUCCACUUCAUGUGUAUGCAUUCUUUUCAUCAACGUUGUCUUGGAGACAAUGAAAAAGAAUGUCCCGAAUGUGCCCCUGAGUACAGAUCUGUUGUUGAAAUGAAAAGAAACUUGGAACAAAAUUCCAAGAAUCAAGAUCAGUUUUUUAAGCAAGUUAAGAAUUCAAAAGAUGGAUUUUCAGUAAUUGCUGAGUAUUUUGGAAAAGGGAUUAUUAGCAAAACUAGUAAAAAGGAAUCAGGAGGAGGAUCUUUCAAUUCAAACGCAUUAGUUGGAUGAUAUGUACUCAAAAAGAUGUUAGAUGCAGACAUGGGGUGAAGGAAUUUUAAAGGUUUAGUUUUUUGCAAAACUAAGGUAAACUUAUAAAACUUACUUUUGCAAAAAAUAGGGUAAACUCAUAUCAUUUUGCAAAAAUGGGGUAUAAAUUGAUUCUGCCCAAACCGAAUUCGUUUAUGUUUUGGUCAAAAGUCAAUUUAAUAACUUUGUAAUUAAAUUAACAUGUGUGAUGUGAUCUUUUGUGUGAAGCUUCAAAGAAAGUCUAAGGGCAUUUAGGUAAUCUUCACUAUGAUUCUGCAACAUUA